UCUCUCUCUCUCUCUCUCUCUGGAUUUAGAAAGAAGAAAGUUGAUCAUGAGAAUGGGGGUCAUGCUUCUGAAGAUCAGAAUCAGUCUCUUCUUCUUCUCCUUCCUCCUCCUCCUCCUCCUCCUCCUCCUCCUCCUCUUCCCAGCAUCACUUUUCACAUCUUGUCAUGCAGGUCGACAUCUCAAGUCCAUGGAUAAGUUGGCCAAGGAGGUGGAUAUGAGUGAAAAGAGUGAUCAAGAGGAAGCAUGGAAAGAGACAACGUCAUCAUCCUCAUCAACAACGGAAGAGGAAUUAGCAGAGACCAUCAUCCAUGAAAGGCUACUUAAAGUGAAUGCCAAGGACUAUGGAAGGCAUGAUCCAGCACCGGCGCUUGUCAGGCCGCCCUUCAAGCUCAUUCCCAACUGAUGAAGAGCCCAAUGACUUGCCAAGAAGAGAGCACUACAUGCCAUUACGUAUUAAAAACUAUAAAUCAAUAAAAUUAUUAACUACUCUCAAGAUAUUAUGUAGCAUGUAUUACUGUAAAUUGAAGUCUCAUCUAUAUAUAAGAGUGGUGGUAGUUAUUUAA